GUUCUAUGACUGGAGGAAAUCAACAGAAGAAGAAGAAGAAAGGUGCUCAUUUGUACGUCAGUGAAUAUGGGAAUGCAAGAAUUUCUUACGGUCUAAAUGCGAGAUAUUGGGUCUCUUGACAUCACUUUAUAUCCAUAAUUACGAUCGAGAAGUCAGACUAUAGAUCUACCAUGGGAAGAAUUUGUGCAGUUGUUGGGUGCUCAAACGGUACAUACAGGCUGAAUAAAUGGUAUUCCCAGUUAUGUGAUAGACAUGGCCUUAAACAUGGGAGCUGUGUAUGUCCACCACCUUUCGUACUUCUGCCUUUUCCAUUGCAAAAUAGAGACCCAGAUGGACGCCGUCGAUGGAUAAAGGCAAUAAAUAGAAAACGUCCAGAUGGCAAAAACUGGGAGCCAAUGUAUGGAGACAGGAUUUGCUCAAGUCACUUUCGAGAUGGGAAACCUAGUGCAGCAUGGCCAGACCCAACAAUGAAUCUAGGCUACAGCUCAGUAUCCAAGUCUUCACAAAAAUCUCCUCGUCAGCCUCCAAAAGAAAGACCUCAGUACCCAGACAAGAGCCAUUCAACAUCUAAACGGAAGAGGAAAAAUGUAGACUUAACAGGAGAUUCUGAAACCUCUACAGCUGAUGAGCAUGCUGAAGUUAGUCAGACGUCUUCAUGCAAAGAAAAGGGAACAUCCACAUGCAAACGAAAGAAAGAAGAUAUCAACUUGACAGAAGAUUCUGACUCGCACAUAUUCUCUUCGUUUGAUGGGCAACAAGAAAUUGAUGAGACAUCUUCAAGUGAUAAGGAGAAAAGGUCUGAUCAUGCUGAUGGUGAACAUCUUGCCGAUCACAACUAUGUGGUACAUUGUGAUAAAAGACUAUGCACUUGCACUGGAUGUGUUGAAAAGCAGAAAGAAAUUGAUGCUUUAAAGCAAAGAAAUAACCAUUUACAAGUGAAGCUGAAAGCAACAAAAAAACGGCAUGGUAAGAAAAGUGAUUUUGAUAUGACCACUGUUGUCAUGAAAACUGAUAAAACUGUUAGAUUGUACACUGGAAUUGAAUCAAAAAGAAAACUUGAGUGCAUUCAUAACUUCUUAAAGCCCAAAGUAGGAAGGAUGAGAUAUUGGACUGGUACAAAGAAGGAAUCUUCCCCAAAGUCUACACCGAAACAGAAAACUACACCUCAGAAACCAGGACCAUCAAGAACUUUGAACUCUAAACAAGAAUUCAUUUUGGUUCUUCUAAAGCUACGUUUAGCUUUGACUAUUGCUUUCCUCGGAAGUAUAUUCAACAUAUCUUCAAGCACAGCUUCGCAAAUAUUCAAUACGUGGAUAAAGUUUUUAGCUGAGGAGCUAAAGCACUUGGUGUUUUGGCCAAACAAGGAAGUCAUAUUAUCAUCCCUACCACUCACUCUGAAAAAAAAAUACCCUAAUCUCCGCUGUACUCUCGAUUGUACCGAAGUCUUUAUAGAACGGCCCCGUAAUUUUGAAUUUCAAGCCCUUACUUGGUCGGACUACAAAAAACACAACACUAUCAAAUUUCUGGUUGCGAUUGCUCCCAAUGGAAUGAUUUCCUUUUUGUCCAAAGCCUGGGGUGGAAGAGCUUCAGAUGUCCACAUUACACGUGAAUCUGGCUUCCUGAAUUUAAUCGACCCCGGUGACUUAAUUCUUGCAGAUAGAGGAUUCAUAAUAAAAGAGGAUCUCCUUAUUAGACAUGCCAAAUUAGAAAUCCCCCCACCAAGCAAAGGCUUGGAACAGCAAGCACCAAAAGAUGUAGAAAAGACAAAAAAAAAUGCAAAUGCUAGGAUACAUGUCGAGAGAGCAAUUGGACGAAUGAAAUGGUUUGCUAUCCUUCAACAGACUUUGCCAAUAUCUCUUGUACCAUUGAUAGAUGAUAUAAUUGUUGUUUGUGCAGCACUGGUAAACUUGAGACAACCAUUGGUAAAAUAAUGAUCAUUUGGUAAAAUUUGAAAUACCGUAAUAGCAAAAUGUUAUUUUCUCUCGUGCUUCUUUUUUGUAUAUGCAUUCCAGCAAGGGGGUAAUAGUAGGAAGCAUAGUGUUUGAAAUGUCUAUUUUGCAUCUCUGUAUUUUUAAAUAUACCCCCCCCCCCUCUCCUCAUUUCAGAUGCACUGGCAUUCUUUGCAAACAAAUAUAUUGUUGGGGGACUACAAAUUUUAGAUGUAGACUUUUUGCAAUUGUAUCCUUUAUUGAAGAGGAACUCUCUUAUUUUUAUUCAAUGGGAAAUUCAGAAGACCACCACCCCCCCCCCCCCUCUCGUAUGAAAUCCUUGAGAUGCCAACCCCCGAUAAGAUUGAACAUUCCUUCACAAACAUCAGUAAUCACUCUAAAGUACAUGUAAUCACAAACUUCGUCAUUGUCUUUUUUCUAAUACACCUACAUGUAUCAUCAUCACCACCACCAGCACUUCCUUCCAACCUUCAUCAUUCUCAUCACUCUAUGUAUCCUCAACAUCAUCAUAAUCACCAGCACCACCUUCCAACCUUCAUUGUCGCAACAUCUACACGUACAUGUAUUAAUCUUUAAAUGCAUCAUGGAUUUUAAAAUAUAGUUUUGACACAUUAUUGCAUCAAACUUUAUUUACAUUUCGAUGAAAAGCAUACACAUCUAUGGCAUAUUAAAAGGGCUCUGCCAUGUUAAAUGACUGGAAGGUUCAUUCAGUAAUGUUGAUAAUAAUGCUUGUGAAAAAUCAUAUAAAAGGUCAUUUCUGUCUACAGUGUAAAAAAAUUAAAAUGUGAUCCUUAAUAAUCAAAUACACCAUAUAUCACAAGAGUGGUUUCAACAUUCCUUUACUAUAAUUUCCAUCGUAUGCAAUGUUCAUGUACAUGUACCCAGAAGUAUAAAGUGUCAUUGUAUUAUUGAAAUGGACACAAGACUUUAUUAUUUGUAGAGAUAUUCAAUGCUCAAUAGAAAUAGUGCUGGAAUAUUUGUUCAAUACAUGUUUUACUCUUCAGAUGACAUAAAUUUCAACAAAUUUUCUUUGUGUAAUAUACAUGAAUUACAGACUACAUGUAUGAUGUAUUACAAGUCAUGUUUAGUUGAGCAAGUCUUGUUUUAAAACGUGUUGUGCACCACUGGCAAAAGAAUACUUUGAGAGAUCGGUAUGACAUUUAUCUGAAAUUAAAUUGUACAUUACAGAAUACAUUUAACUACCCG